AUGAAUUCCAGUUAUUUAAUCAAAUAUUACGAUGACAAUUUGACAAACUCAAUCUCUUAAUAAAUCAAUCCCUUAAUCUAAAAUAAAAUUUCAAAUUAAUAGAAGGAUCAACAAAUCUCAUAAUUUAUCAAUGCUUAAUCUAUUGAAUUAGCAUCGACCAUUCCAUAAUCUAAUUUUAAACCAUUCACUUAUUAAUUGAUAUCAUAAAAUUCAAUAAAAUAAAAUGAAGAUUGUAGAGCUAUUGCUGUUAAUAAAGAUUAUUCAACAUUAAUUGCUACAAGUUAUAAAUAAAUCAAAGUGUUUGAAUUUAAAUAAAGAAUGCUGACAUAACAAUAAAUAUUAAGUUUAUUUAAGAAAAAUUUGAGUGAUUAUUCAUUUUUAAGAAAAUUCUUACAAAAAUUGACCACAGGUCUAAUUCUCCAAAUGUCUUAGUAUACUGGUUAUAAGGUUCUCAUAACAUAGCCUUUUCACUUCCAAAUUGCUUAAUUGAGAAAUCUGUGGAUAUUCGAUUCAUCUAGAACUCUUAAGAGCUUACCAAAUUCUUGGUAGGAUCAUCUUGCUAGCCUACUAUUCAACGUAAGGCCUAAAGACCCUAGAGGAAUUACAGUCUCUUCAAUAUCAACUGUAAAAGGAAUAGAAGUGGAAUUUUUCAAUAUGAGAACUAGAGCUAUAGCAGAUCAACCAUAGUUCAUUUAACUUGAUACUAACCUUAGAACUGAAAACACAACGAGUAAAUACACAUAAAAGUAACAAAAGCUUUUGGAACAGAAAAUUAAAAAGUAAAUUUAUGACUGAAAAAGGUAGGAAUCCUUGGAAUGAUAUUAGAAAGCGAAAAUUUUUCAAUCGAAAAUAUUAUAGUCAAAUAAUUCAAGACUCUAUAUAAGGCAAACUAAAUCUUGCUGGAAGAUUUAUUAAAUCCUUGAAAAUAGUAUUUUUCCUCGACUGGAACCUUUAUUUUGUGCUUAUCUAGAAAUGCAGGAAUAGGAAAAUAUUUUUAGUUUCCUUAAAUAGUUAAGCAUUGAAAUUUUCUCAAAGGGGUCAUAAAUCUGGAUUCGAUAUUCGACUCUCGCCUUAAGUGAAUGAGAGAAUGAAAUUAAUGCAGACCUUGUGA